AUGACUCAAAAUAUCGCUUUUGGAACGGCGAUUCUGCCGCCGCCACCCGUCUUUCUACCUGUUCCCGACACGCCCACCCUUGCGUGGCCGGCAUGGAAGCGUGCCUUCACCGCUUUUCUUGGUACUUCGGGGUUCGAACAGAUGGAACCGCGUCGUAAAAAACAACUCCUAUUUUCUUUGCUCGGCACGGAAGGCCAGCGUGUGGUUGACGCAUUCCGCUUGGACGAUGCACCGGCGACUGAGCUCAAUGACGAGUAUGAAAUAUUUUUGGAGAAGUUAGAAAAACACUUUGAGUUCUCGGGGUCCGUAACACUGGAAAGAAAGAAACUCCGUGCUAGAGUCCAACGUCCCGGCGAAUCAGUCUCCGAAUACCUCGCCGCAUUACGUCAUCAAGGCUCUUUCUGUAGCUACGGCGCUACGUUAGACGAACGCCUGUGUGAAAUCUUUUUGGAGGGGUUGGAUUCGAAGAGAGUUCAAAAGGACCGCAUUUUACGUGAAUGCGUCGGGGCCGAGGUACCCACACUGGACAGAGCGUUCCAGCUCGCAAUACAAUUUGAACAACUUGCGAAAACGACUGAAUCGUUUCAUCGUCAGACGAGCGCGGUGUCGUCUUUCCCUGUUAACGACGGAAGCCGCGGUUUGGAACCGGCACCGGUCCAAGAUAUUCAUGAGUAUGCUCAGUGGCGUGCGAAUCAAGAUGGCGGAGCUUCCGGGUCCCCCGCCCAACUCUUUCACCAAUAUGGUCAUCCUCUGUGUCCUUCCACCGGGAUGAUUCCGUCGCAGCGAGGUCCCGUGAUGUCGUGGGGUCAACCAUCGUCUGACGGCUAUCUUCUCCGUUUCCAAGGGCGGGCAAGGCGGCCAACAGUCCGCGAGCCUGCUCCUCACCGGGCGAGGGAGAGAAAAGAUGCAGGCUGUCUCUCUGCGUGCUGGUUCUGUGGCCGGCGCGACCAUGCCCGCGAAUUCUGCCCGGCACGGAACGUGACAUGCUUUCUGUGUGGGAAGCAGGGACAUUUUGCUCUGGUUUGCCGCAGUCGUCAAGCACAGUCAGCAGCAUUCAUUAACGAUGAACGGCAAGCAUCAUUUCCAAUGCGGGGUCGAGGACAACCUUGGUGCCGUGGACAACUUGCCGGACGCUACCAGAGCGGCCGUUUUUAUCGACGAGACGGAUCGACCCAUGUGGGAACUGUCCAUCAGGAAGUCCCGCCGAGUGUGACCUUUGACCAGCACGAGGUCUCGGUGCAGUCUACGGAUCGCCUCGCACGCGACCCGGGUCUCCGCAACGUGUCCUUGGCAGAUGUCCAGUACCGUCGGGUGCCUACGUAUCCAGGCCACUACAACCUUCUUAUGGGGAACAAACAGCUCCCAAAGUCUUCGAAGAGUUUGACCAGAUAUCGUCGGCCAACUCCAGUCCAGAUAGUCAUCCUGCAAGUCAGUGUGGAGCCAGUGGUCCAGAGCGUCAACCUGAAGAUCAACGUGGUUGCAGUGUUCCACAACGUCAUACUGAUCUUCCUGAUCCUCGAAGUAGAAAAUUAUACCAAGAGCCUAUUCCUGAGCAAAGCAACCUUCCUUCGAAGGUCCGGUCUUUCAGUACCAAACACUUCGGGUCCUGGCCCUACCCCCGAGGUGGCUGGAUCUCUUAGUUCCCUGCUGUGGGGCCUCUUCUGCAGCCGGUUCCCGGGCUGGCGACGUCCCCUGUUCUUGGACAAGGGCCUACGUCUGAGCCUGGUGGGGCUCCGGGUCCUCUUGCUACGUCUGAGCCUAGUGGGGCUCCGGGUCCUCUUGCUGCGUCUGAGCCUGAUGGAGCCCUGA